AUGUCGAGACAGACGUCUCCGUCCCCUCAAAGCAGGAGGAUCCCUUGGAAUGAAUUUGGACCUUACAGACCUAAACCAGGACAGGACAUGACUACCCAGGAAUGGAGGCCCAAUUCCAGAGACGAACAACGAAGGUUUGGUGAGGAUAUGUUCUCAGAAGGUCAAAGAAGACCCUCUUCACAGGAUAAAAAUUGGCGUCAGUGCGAUCAGGAGGGAGGUUCUCGGCGGCGGCUGUCGCCUCAACGCGACGUGCCCAACCACCACGUCCCGAGAGGCUCUCCCCAACGGGACGGCGGAUUUGACGCGGACAGACAAAGAAAAGGAUUCAGGGAAGAGUUCCAGCGUUUCAACAAUAGAGGAAGGCCACAAAAUUCCCCUCUGAGGUUCCCAAGGGAAGAGUUGCCGAUGCCAGUCAGCAAUCUUGCGCAGGGCUGGGGGCGGGACGGGGAAGGGUGGGGCCAAGGGAGGUCCCGGGACUGCAGCCCCAGCGUUAGGUAUGAUGAGCAAAUGGGAAGCAGAAGAGAAAGAAAUGACGAAGGUCUGAACAGAAGCAGACAAAGAGAAGAUAUUCUUCCCCUUAUAAAGAGCUCGAGAAGAGAAACGGAUGGCUACCAUCACAGCGGGUUCAGGCGGGACAGCAAGGACUUUGGUGAUCAGCGCUACUCGUCCUCCACGGUUGACGGAAAUGUCCGAAACGCUCUCGGCUCGGGACCUCACGGGAUACCGGAAGACCGGAUAGGCCAACCGCGAAAACACAAUAAUGGAGAACGCGGCGAUUUCGACUCGAAACAGAGACGCGGCGGACCUGAGCAAUCCUGGAUGUCGGAUGACAGACGAGAUUCCCAUGAAGAUUCUAGAAAGCGACGCUAUCCAGAUAAUUGGAGCAACAGCUCCGACCGCAGGAGGAGCUCCCCGCCGCGAGAACGAAUCAAUUUUGCAAGAUCUGACAGACAAGGUGGCCAGAGGGGAAGGGGCAGUCCUCAAGCGGCCAGAGGCGGAGUCAAUCGCAACGGGAACUUUCCAAAGAACCGGUCAAACUUUCAGCAAUCCGCUCGAGAAUACCAAAAUAGUCCUCGUGAGGAGCCCAAAACCGGAUACAGAGCCCAAAGGGAACCCUUGUACGAGGAGGAAGAACCCCACUGGCAAGAAAACGACCCACAGGUGGAGCAGGUUCGACCCGCUAGUCAGGACAGACGCGAACCGGAAGCGAAACGGCCCAGGCUGCGUCCUUGGGAGGACCUGGAGCCCAAAAACAUGACCGUGGUAACAGAGGAAACACUCACCAUCAAAGUGGAUAUGAGUCGGCCCAUCCAAAACACAAGCUUGCUAUGUUACUCGGCAGACCGCCAGCUAUCGUUGGACCUUGUCAACGUCGGCCGCCAGCGUCCGGAUCUCCUGCCGGAAAUUAACCAGGAGAGUGUCGCAGAGUUCACCCAGGAAAUCAUCACGUUGGUGCACGGGGUCAAAGAGCUGUAUUUUAAAGGUGACGGAAUGACGUUGAACGAACGCUUCUCCGAGCUGACGCAAGGAGAGUAUCGUGAAGAAGAAGGGGCGGGGCUUACGCUGGACCAGAGGUUCUCAUCUAACCGGUAUGCCGAAUCCCAAGUGGAACUUUUUGUUCGCGGCGUUGAUGCCGUUUUGUUCCGGUUCCAGCUGGCGCACAACCCCGGCGACCUGCGACACGACCUGGAGAGGCGGCGGCAGAAGCGGCUGGAAGGGGUAACCAUCACUAUACUUGGAAGCAGGCAGACGGACACGGAACAGGCCCACUAUGGUGGCGAUGAUGGGAUGUUCCAGGACAAGCGGGACUAUAGACGGGACGGAAAUACGGGUCCCAGGAGAGGCGGUCCUUACAGGACAAACACCGGUUUUGCCCAAAGGUUCAAGAACCACCAGCCCGGCAGGACGCACAACCGCUACAACAACAACAACGACGCAGGUAACCUUGAUCUAUCACCGCCAAAAAAGUCCCAACCGCUUCUGUGA